AAAUCUGGGUUUCUUAGGAGAACACAGCAGAACACAGCACUAUUAUUUUUCCUCUCUCUCGCCAGGACUCCAAACAUCGACCGGCUUGCAGAAGACGGGGUGGUCCUGACCCAGCACAUCGCCGCGGCGUCCGUGUGCACCCCGAGCAGGGCUGCUUUCCUGACGGGCAGAUACCCCAUCCGCUCAGGCAUGGUUUCCAGCAAUGCUUUCCGUGUUCUCCAGUGGACAGCAGCAGCCGGGGGCCUGCCCACCAAUGAGAUAACUUUUGCAAAAAUAUUGAGAGACCAAGGCUACGCCACUGGACUAAUAGGAAAAUGGCACCUGGGACUGAACUGUGAGUCUCCCCGCGAUCACUGCCACCACCCGCAGGCCCACGGGUUCGACAGCUUCCUGGGGAUGCCCUUCUCCAUGAUGGCCGACUGCGCGCGCUGGGAGCUGUCGGAGAAGCGCGCGGGCCUGGAGCGCAGCCUGGGCCUCUGGUUCCAGGUCCUGGCCGUGGCCUCGCUCACGCUGGCGGCGGGCCGCCUCACCCGACUCACGAGCUCCUGGCUGCCCGCCCUCGGGGCCGCCGGGGCUGCUGCUGUCCUGCUCGCGGCCGCGCGCUUCGCGGGCCACCUGAUCGUGCACGCGGAUUGCUUCCUCAUGAGGAACCACACUGUCACCCAGCAGCCCCUGGACUUGGACAGGGUCACGCCCCUCCUGCUGCACGAAGUCUCCUCCUUCCUGCAAAGGAAUAAGCACGGGCCUUUCCUCCUCUUGGUCUCCUUUCUGCACGUCCAUGUUCCUCUGGCCACCACCAAAGGCUUCCUGGGGAGGAGCCGUCACGGGUUAUACGGGGACAACGUGGAGGAGAUGGAUUGGAUGGUGGGACACAUCCUUGACACGUUAGACCAGGAAGGUCUGGCCGAUCGGACCCUCGUCUACUUCACCUCGGACCACGGGGGAUGCCUGGAGUCUCGCCUGGGAACCAACCAAUAUGGAGGCUGGAAUGGAGGCUAUAAGGGAGGCAAAGGCAUGGGCGGCUGGGAAGGGGGCAUCCGUGUUCCCGGGAUCUUCCGGUGGCCCGGGGUGCUGCCUGCCGGUCGUGUGAUCCAGGAGCCCACCAGCCUGAUGGACGUGUUCCCCACCGUGGUCCAGCUGGGGGGCGGCCAGGUGCCCCAGGACAGAGUGAUUGAUGGCCGGGACCUGCUGCCCUUGCUCCUGGGGACCGCUCAGCACUCGGACCACGAGUUCCUGCUCCAUUACUGCCAGAGGUUUCUGCACGCAGCCCGGUGGCAACAACGGGACCAGGACCGAGCAACCCUGUGGAAGGUGCACUUUAUGACGCCGAUCUUCCAGCCAGAGGGUGCUGGAGCCUGCUACGGGAAGGUGGUCUGCCCCUGCAUCGGGGAAGGAGUGGUCCAGCACGACCCGCCUUUGCUCUUUGACCUCUCCAGAGACCCCUCUGAGUCUCAUGUCCUCACGCCCGACUCGGAGCCCCGGUUCCACCAAGUGGUGGGCAGGGUCCGGCAGGCCGUGGAGGAGCAUCAGCGGUCACUGGGCACAGUUCGCCAGCAGCUGGGCACCCUGAACAACCUGUGGCGGCCGUGGCUGCAGCCCUGCUGCGGCCCCUUCCCCCUGUGCUGGUGCGACACAGAGGACCAAGGGCAGUGACCAUCUACGUGGAAAGAGCCGGAGCCCGGUCCAUACAGCUCCUCGUGCUGACCUCAGGCAUCCGUUGGCUGGUCACCAGUGACUCCGCACAUCAACAUGAGGUCACUAUGCACAAUGCACACUGAAUGAAACGCACCCUCAGGGGCCACUCUGGGCUGCCAGCAAAGAGCCCAGCACCUCCUGCAAUCAGAGGCUGGGACAGAGGACCCCGGGCCAGCCCAGAGGAGGCCACUCUGCAAACGGAAGGUGCUUCCAAAUUGCACAGAUUUGCAGGUGCCGAGGGGGAGCCCCGAGGGACAAACCUGAUUCAAUAAGACAUGGCAUGUGCCCAGAGGUCAAGUCUCUGCUUAUGGCUCUCAGUAGCAAGGAAAGCUCCACCCUCAGGACCCUCUGUCCUCCCCAAAGCCCUUUCUUCCUAACAGCAUCACCGGGGGGAGGAGGGGGUGUAAAGAUUUCUAUAAAAACUUUUGGGGGGACACCCACACUCAGGUCAUCACACUGGUCAGAGGGCUGCUGGUCCCUGUAUUAGUCUCCCUGGGCUGCUGUAACAAGACACCCCAGCCCCGGGGGCUUAGAGACCCCCAGACCCUGAGUGCUCAUGGAUGACCUCAGGCCACCACCCGAAGCCAACUCCACCUCUGCCUGAUGCUCAAAGCCAGCUCCAGCCCAGUGGAUCUCGGGAUAAGGAAAGAGAUGGCAGCUGGCCAUCACUAUUAACCCUGCUUCCUCCCCAUCACCCAUGCUGCGUGGAACACAAAGCCAGCACAUUGGGCCAGCGGUGUCCCUGUCACCAGCCCACCCUGACACCUCUGAGUUCUUCAGCAUCCUCUGGGCUGGGUCUCCUUCUUCAGACCCAGCCACACCCUUGACUCUGUUGACUUUGAGGCCCAAGUCCCCCACAGAGGCUCCAUGUUCUGAACCCAUUAAGUGCCACGUUUUCCAUUCUGCAAAUGUAUCAAGAAAAUUCAUAUUUUAACUGUUAUAAUUUUACCCU